GUAAACUUCAACGCUCGUUUUACUCUAAGAUCCGGCACUGUUCUGACUCUAUUCGAACUUAUGUUGAAUGAUCGAGUCGAACUAGUAUACAAAUGGUGCAAAUGGAAUUUGCCAGCUCAAAUAACAGGAAAUAAAAGCCACAUUCCCCGAGGUUAGAUUUCUUAUCAAAAUACAUGCGUUUAUCAAUUUUUAUGUUUUCUUUUCAAAUUCAAAUUGAGUAAUCCUACGUACUAAUCGCAAGGACUUCUGAUAAGCCAAACGGAAAUUAUUGUACUAAUACAAUUUUAAUUGAUUCUAUUCAGGGGUAGGGGGUCAAGGAAAGCUACUUUACCAACAAAUUACUAUUUGUCUGACUUUUUCCGCCAGUAAAGUUUCAAAUAUGAGCGCACAAACAGCGAAAAACGGUACCAACGGUCAGUGUCCGGUUACCAAGAAACUAAAAGUUGAUGGGGUUCCAAUUUUCCAUUCUCCCUUGAAUGACGUGGUCGCUCCUCCGGAUAAUAAAUCGAAAUGCACCUGGAACAGGAUUAAUGAUAAGGGACAAGUUAAUCCACACUCUGUACAUGAUUGGAGACAAAAAUCAAAAAUCCUACCAGACAUUCUCAAAACCAUUGGAAAUACUCCUUUGGUGAAACUAAAUAAAAUCCCUCAAAGUGCCGGAAUCAAAGCAAAUAUUUACGUAAAAUGCGAAUACUUCAAUCCGGGCGGUUCAGUCAAGGACAGAAUCGGCUACAGAAUGGUAGAAGACGCAGAAAGGCAAGGCCUCUUGAAACCUGGAUCCACAAUAAUCGAACCUUCAUCGGGCAAUACUGGAAUUGGAUUGGCCCUUGCCGCUGCAGUUAAAGGCUAUCGCUGCAUUAUAGUCAUGUCAGAGAAAAUGUCCAACGAAAAAGUGUCCACUUUGAAAGCACUUGGUGCUGAAAUCGUACGGGUUCCGGUUAAUUUGGAUUCGUUUGCUCCAGAUGGCAUGUUCGGGUUGACUCAUAAAUUGCAUAAGGAAAUUCCUAAUUCAAUUAUUUUAGAUCAGUAUUCAAAUCCUGGAAAUCCGUUAGCGCAUUACGACACAACAGCAGAAGAAAUUUUCAAUCAAUGCGAUCAAAAAGUAGACAUGAUUGUAAUUGGUUCAGGUACCGGUGGUACUGUUUGCGGUAUCGGACGCAAGUUCAAAGAAAUUUCGCCUCAAACCAAAAUAGUAGCAGCCGACCCUUUUGGUUCGAUUCUAGCCCUACCAGAAGCCCUCAAUAAAACUGAUGUAACUUUCUAUGAAGUUGAAGGAGUCGGUUACGAUUUUGUCCCAACAGUCUUGGACAGAUCAAUUGUGGACGUUUGGAUCAAAACACACGACAAGCAAGCGCUGCCAAUGGCAAGAAGGCUUAUAAAAGAAGAAGGUUUACUUGCUGGUACUAGUAGUGGGGCAAAUGUAGCAGCUGCACUCGAAGCUGCCAAAGAUUUGAAAGAAGGACAAAAUGUGGUAGUUAUUUUACCGGAUAGUAUUAGGAAUUAUAUUACUAAGUUUAUAUCAGAUGAAUGGAUGCAGGCCAGGGGUUAUAUGCCUUGCGAGAACACUAAAAACCAUUGGUGGUGGGACAAAAAAGUAACCGAGCUCAGCAAACCUGUUCAAACUGCUACAAUUUCGAUGACAUGCGAAAGAGUAAUGCAACUGAUGAAAAAAUUGGGUACUGAUCAAAUUCCAGUGGUUGACGAGGACGGAGGAAUCAUUGGAGUUGUCUGUCUACAAAAAAUCUUAUCCAGUGUGAUGGCUAAGGAAAUUCACGCCAGUGAUUCAAUUGAACGGCUGAUUGCCAGAGUUUAUCCAAAACUUUAUACCAACGCGCAUUUGGGCCUAGUGUCUAGUGUGCUGGAAAAGGAAACUUACGUUAUAAUAUUGGAGAAAAAAGAUGUUGGCAAUGGUCAAGUUGAGGUACCAGUUGGAAUCGUAACUCCUAUCGAUGUGUUGCAAUAUAUUUCCGAAAAUCAAGAUAAAUAAAAUUCAUACUGUAGAAUAAGUUUAAAUAUUUUUUGUAGUGUAAUUUUUAAUUUUAUCAGAAUCUCGAUUAUUAUUAGUAGGUACCUAAUGAUAUUAAUUUUAUGUUGUGCAUUUUUUUAUGGUGGUUUUAUUGAAAAUAUAUUAACAUGUUUAUCUGAUAUUA